AUGCGCUCUUUAUUCACUCUUAUUUCUCAUAUUGUUACCAGCUACUCAGAUCUGUACAUUCAGGUUGGGGGAGAGGAUGUGUGUUGGUUGCACCUGCACAUCUCACCUCCUCAGCCCUUGGAGUGUAUGGUGGACCGGAAGUUUCCCCUCCUCUGGGUUGGGGGCAGCUUUGCUCCUCUCCACUCGGGGCAGCGGUAUGCAUGUAACCAUCUAAUUUUAACUAUGGCUGGAAACAUCAUCAGUUUGACUACUACCUGCAUUGACCUUCACCUUCAAAUUCCCAUGUACUUCUUCUUGAGCAUGCUGGCUAGUUCAGAGACAGUGUACACACUGGUCAUUGUCCCACGAAUGAUUUGGGGCUUCAUUUUUCAUAAGCAGCUCAUCUUCUUGGCAGGUUGUUCAACCCAAAUGUUAUUUUUUGUUACCUUGGCCACUAACAGUUACUUCCUCCUCACGAUGGGCUAUGGCUGCUAUGUAACAAUCUGCAAGCCCCUGAGGUGUACAGUCAUCAUGAACAAUAGAAUCUGUGCUAGCUGAGUGUGUGGGUCCUUUGGCAUUUGUCUGGUUAUGGCAGUUCUCCAUGUGACAUCCAUGUUCAUUUUGCCUUUCUGUGACAAUGUGGUGGACCACUUCUUCUGUGACAUUUAUCCAGUCAUGAAGCUCCCUUGUGUUGAUACAACUGUCACUGAGAUAAUCAAUUAUGGUGUAAGUUCAUUUUUAAUUCUUGUGCCUAUAGGCCUGAUCUGGAUCUCUUAUGUCUUCAUCAUCUCUUCCAUCCUUAAAAUUGCCUCCACUGAGGGGCAGAUGAAGGCCUUUGCCACCUAUGCCUCCCACCUCACUGUGGUCAUUGUUCACUGUGGCUGCACCCCCAUCACCUACCUGAAGCCUAAGUCAGAAAGCUCAGUAGAAAAAGACUUUCUUUUUUCUGUAACCUGCACCAUCAUCACCCCUCUGCUGAACCCUGUUGUUUACAGUCUGAGGGACAAGGAGGUCAAAGAUGCCCUGUGCAGAGCUAUGGGUAGAAAUGUAUCUUAA